CUAGCGACUUUUAGGACAGCCAAUAGCUACAUUUCUUACUGAAGAGUUGCCAACACUUCUCCUGCCACAUAUCCGGGUUAGUGUCGUAAAGAUGGCAGUUGUACGAGAAAAGGAAGAACCUUUACGUUUUUAUCCGUAAUGGACUGGCGUAAGAAAAACGGAAUGGAGCGUUCCAAAAGCCCAACCUUCAUCGCACUAACUGGUGGUGUUAAAUUAAUUAGACCAAGAAACUGAAGACAAUCUGCAUCAUGGGCAGGAUCAGCUUUUCCUGCCUUUUCCCGGCGUCCUGGCAUUUCAGUCUGUCUUCCCAAAUGCUUCCUCGGCUCUUGCUGCCUUCAGUCAGGCAGCUGCUUUUUGUAGGACUACUCUUCUUUCUUUUGGUAGCGCUUUACCUAUUUGUUGUCACUGGAAAGUUACCUGCCAGCUGGAUCACAAAGGAAAACCACUUCCACAGGCACCUGGCUCGUGUAACUGAUGUGGACGCAACAGACGCAAGCAAUCCUAACCUAAACUAUGGGUUGGUUGUGGAUUGUGGCAGCAGUGGCUCCCGGGUGUAUGUGUACUGCUGGCCAAAGCACAAUGGCAACCUCCAUGAACUCCUGGACAUUCGUCAAAUGAGGGAUCAAAAUCGAAAAUCUCUGGUCAUGAAGAUCAAGCCAGGAAUUUCUGAAUUGGCUACAACACCAGAGAAAGCCAGUGACUACAUAUACCCCCUGUUGAGCUUUGCAGCCGAACAUGUUCCCAAGGACAAGCACAUAGAAACCCCCCUCUAUAUUCUGUGCACAGCUGGAAUGAGAAUUCUGCCCAACAGUCAGCAGGAGGCUAUUUUGGAAGACCUUCGAACAGACAUCCCGGUCCACUUCAAUUUCUUGUUUUCAGAUUCUCAUGUGGAAGUGAUUUCCGGAAAACAAGAGGGUGUUUAUGCAUGGAUUGGCAUAAACUUUGUCCUUGGAAGGUUUAACCAUGUACAUAGAGAUGGGGAAGCUGUCAUAGAGGUCAGUGUCCCAGGCAAUGAUCAACAGGAGGCACUAGUGAGAAAAAGGACUGCUGGUGUUUUGGACAUGGGCGGAGCUUCCACACAGAUUGCAUUUGAAGUGCCCAAAACUGUGAGCUUUACCACUCCACAGCAGGAGGAAAUUGCCAAAAACCUACUGGCGGAGUUUAAUUUGGGGUGUGAUGCUCAUCGCACUGACCAUGUGUACCGUGUGUAUGUGGCUACCUUCCUGGGUUUUGGAGGAAACACAGCACACCAAAGAUACGAGGAGAGCCUCAUCAGAAGCACGGCCACUCGAAAUAAGCUGUUAGGUCAGCAUAUAGGGGAGACGGCCGAGUUCCCCCUCCUGGACCCGUGUCUCCCCACUGAGCUGCAGGAUGAGAUUGGUUUCUCUCCACACAAGGUCCAUCUGCGAGGCACUGGGGACUUUGACCAGUGCAGACGGAGUUUACAACCUUUCCUCAAUCGCACAAAUGAUCCUCAAACCUCUCUCAGCGGCAUCUACCAGCCAGCUAUUGAUUUUAACAACAGCCAGUUCUUUGGUUUCUCCGAGUUCUACUAUUGCACUGAGGAUGUGCUACGCAUAGGCGGAGACUAUAAUGCUUCCAAAUAUGCUCAAGCUGCUAAGAGUUACUGCGCCACCCAGUGGAAGACUCUGAGGGAACGCUUUGAUUCUGGCUUGUAUGCUUCUCAUGCUGACCUCCAUAGACUCAAGAACCAAUGUUUUAAAUCAGCAUGGAUGUAUGAAGUAUUACAUUCAGGCUUCUCUUUCCCUACUGACUAUAAAAACCUGAGAACUGCAUUUUUGGUCUACGAUAAAGAGGUGCAGUGGACUCUUGGAGCCAUUCUAUUCAGAACACGUUUUCUGCCUUUGAGGGACAUCCAGCAAGAAAGUCUAAAAGGACUGCACGCUCACUGGCGGCACAGCUUCUCCUUUGUCAACAACCACUACUUAUUCCUUGUCUGCUUCUUCAUUGUCCUUCUGUCCAUCAUUCUGUACUUACUGCGACUUCGCCGAAUACACAGGCGUACUGCACAGCGCUGCUCGCCUUCCUCUGUGCCGUGGAUGGAGGAUGGCCUGGGAUCACCAACACUUCCCAUCAAUCUAUAAAAUUUCACUCCACCUCAGAAGUCUCACCAGUGUGUUCAAGGGGUCUUGGACAAGAAAUUUCCUUGAGAGACUUUUGGCCUCGCUGAGCCACAAAAGAAUGUGUGUUUAACUUAUUUUGUAAAUGUCAGGUCAAAAAUGUGCUGAAUUAAACUUCAUAUUUUCAUAUGAAAGAUUUUUAAAAAACUAUUCUUAACAGAAGUUCUGCAUUUUAUGUUUGUAGAUUUUAUGUGGGCAUUCGCCUCCUUCUGCCUUUUUAAAAGCACUUGUUUGUUCCACAUAAGUACAACACAAAACCAUCUGGAUUUGUGACAUGAUAUAACGUUGCUGUCCUUGCUGGUACUGUUGUGUUAUAUAUAAUGAAUGACAAGUUCAUGCUUUACUUGUGCAAUACAUGUCUUGUCACUGGAGUCAUUUUAAACACUCCUCUGUCAGGGCUACCUUUCUCGCUUGUAGGCCUGAUGACUUUCUUUUAUUAUAACACUGAGCAUUGUUUGACAGUGUGACUAUAUUGUGCUUCAUUUCAAUGUGUCGUGUGAGAUGAUUGGUCAUGAACCCAUUUUUUUACAAAAUCAAUGUAGUGAAAUGUUUGCAUCGUGUUGUCACAUUACAAUAUAGUAAUAAAGCUUUUAUGGAUUGGAAA